AUGAUCCACGUUUCAACAGAAAUAGGCGGGAAAUCUAUUUGGAUCUUAAGCACAAUCGGUAUUCCCAUUCCCCCACCUAUCAGAACUUCCAAAGAUAGGCGGGAUCAGAGAUUAUGGUGUGAAUACCAUCGGGAGUGUGGUCACACUACGAAAGACUGUCGGGAGUUAAAGAAGGCCUUGGAUCACUUGGCUGAUCAAGGAAAGUUGAAUAGAUACAUCAAGCAUCCCCGAGAAGAGAAGGGGAAGGAGAAAGAAGCAAGAAACGAUAGCGACAACACCGAUGGGUAUGUUGGUGUCAUAGCGGGGGGUCAUGCCUCAGGAGGAUCAUCUGGCCGCGCUCGCAAGGCCCACCUUCAAGCAAUGACACAUCGGGUGUUGGAGGUGGAGCCCGUAAAGGCGGGGUGCCCGAUAAUGACAUUCGGGGAGCCUGACCGGCACUUACACACCCCCCACGAUGAUCCACUGGUCAUUGAAAUGAAAAUAGCAAACUCCCGAGUGAAGAGGAUCCUUGUUGACAGUGGAUCCUCAGCCGACAUCAUCACGCUUGAUUGCCUACUCAAACUGAAGUAUACCGAGAAGGAUGUGAUCCCCACCAACCAGCCGUUAAUCGGUUUCGGAGGCGGGUCGGUCUAUCCUGUUGGUCACGUUAAACUGGCUGUAAGGCUCGGGGAGAGAGGAAAAGGUAGGAGUCUACCAGUAGACUUCCUAGUUGUUGACACCCCGCUGCCUUACAACGUCAUUAUGGGUAGGCCCACCAUGAACAAAAUAAAAGCCGCCAUCUCGGUAUAUCAGUUGCUGCUCCAGUAUGAAACCGAUGAUGGGCAAGUCGGGAAGAUUUAUGGUGACCAGCAAACAGCCCGGGAAUGUUAUGUUAACAGCUUUCGAGCUAAGGCACCCGAGGAGAAGAAGGAAAAGAAGAGAAAGAGAGAGGAACCAACAGAAGCCCCGCGGGCCUCGGGGUUUAUAUAUCCGAGAAUCCCAAGUACUAUGAACGCCCCCGACCUGUGGAGGAGGUCGAAGAGGUCGUGA